AUGACCCAGAGAAAUCUGGUCUCGUGGACGGCCAUGAUUUCUGGCUACACCAAGCACAUGCGGUAUCAGGAGGGGCUAGCCUUGUUUCGCGAAAUGCUACUUUCGGGGGUAGGAAUAAAUGAGUUGACACUGGUCAGUGUACUGUCGGCUUGUGCUCAUCUCGGAGCUCUUGGCGUGGGAAGACGGGUGCACUGUUAUAUCCACCGGAAUCAUAUUCCUCUUAACCCGUUACUUGCGGCUGCACUCAUUGACAUGUACGCGAAAUGUGGGCACAUGGACAAAGCAUCACGAGUCUUCCAAACGGCACCGGUAAGGAGCGUUUCGACUUGGAAUUCUCUCAUUGGUGGACUUGCUAUCCAUGGUUGUGGAAGGGAAGCCUUGGAGAGGUUCCAGCAAAUGCAAAUAGAUGGAACAAAACCGGAUGAUGUUACCUUCGUUGCCUUGUUAUCUGCUUGCAGCCAUUCAGGGCUGGUGGAGGAAGGCCAGGAGAUAUUCUAUUCCAUGAGAGGAGACUGUGGGAUUCAACCUAACAUCAAGCAUUUCGGGUGUUUGGUAGAUCUCUUGUGCAGGGCAGGCCGAAUAGAGGAGGCUUACCAGGUCAUGAUAGACAUGCCCAUGGAACCCAAUGAGUUCCUCUGGGGAGCUCUGCUCAAUGCAUGUGCUCGCGACGGUAAUGUUUCGUUUGCUGAGAGAGCCAUGGAAAAGCUUGUUGAGUUGGAGCCAUUCAAUGAUGGAAACUAUGCUCUCAUGUCAAACGUUUACGCUGCUAACGAACAGUGGAAUGAUGUUGGCAAGGUGCGAAGACUCAUGAAGGAUAUGCAGAUCAUCAAGAACCCAGGUCUUAGUUUGAUUGAGGUUGAUAACAUAGUGCAUGAGUUCAUGGCUGCAGACAUUAAGCACCCAUUUCUAGGAGAGAUCGACUCUACAUUAGAAGAUUUGAUGAUGACGAUUAGCUAA